AUGUCCGGGAUACCUUCCAAUCUUGUUGUGCUUCCGCAUGGCUUGACGAAUGCCUUCCGCUCUUUGCAAGAUGUGCCUAUUCUGCACCUUGCUGAAGUAACGAAACUCAAUCGUCGUGGAAAACGUCAGCGGCGCUUUGUUAUCAUCACUUCAACACAUCUGUACUCCUGCAUGGAAAAUGGCAACAUCCAGCGUUGCUUGGCGACACGGAGUAUUGCAGAGAUACACAUCUGGACUGGUCACUCACCGCAAGUUGGACUGAAGAUUCCCUCCGAAUAUGACAUGUUGCUCUUUUUGAAUACCUCAGAGGACGUAAAUGCAUUGGUGGCAGCGCUGCAAUCCACAGAUCGUGACGACUCGGGUUGCGGUGGUGGUGGGAAUUGCAACAAGAGUAGUAUAGCGAUGAGUGUUGUAGAGGCGACGGCUCCGCUGGACGCUGUGAUGUAUCAGUUAGAGCGGCCUAAAGGCUUUCAGCGAACAAUGGUCAACUCACUUCUUUGGUCUCUUGGUAGCGUUGGGGAAGUGGGAACUCCAUCGACUGCAAACAAUAAAUUCAAACCCUUUCUAUCAAAUAACACUAACGAUAUUUCCUUGCUCUCCCCAAAGUCACCACCACCACCACCACCACUAUUAGUACCACCAUCAUCAUCAUUAUUCUUAGCCACUGCGGAAGGAACAAAUACAGAGUGGAACAAUGUAUUGCCACUUCAAAAUGAAAUGUUGGACGCAACACCUGCCAUUCGGGGUAGUGGUACUGACUAUAGUGAUGAUGUUGAGACAGACGCUGGUUACGUCACUUCUUUUUCUCCUGCUGUGGAUCCACCAACUGAAGAAGAAAGAACACCACUAAUUUUCAUGCCUAGCUGCGAUACCAAGAAGGACCAUCAUCAGAACAACAACAACAACAACAACCUUUUAAGGGUUUUGGAGUUAGAGGGACAUCUACAGAAGUCCUGUGAACUGCUUCAUGAGGAACGUCAGCGUCAGAUGAAAGAGCGAGAGCAGUGGUGUCUACUGCUCGCUGCAGAACGCCGCAACACUCAUCAACUGCGUCAAGCAAUUGCAGAUUUACGGGGACAAGUAUUCGCUCUGUCUUCACAGAAUCUUGCUUUGCGAACAGAAUUGCUCAGGCAGAGCACCGAUUGA